AUGAAGCUCGGAAAGGCGACCAUGAACAGGUAUUAUUCGAAGACCGACCUUUCGAAUGUUUACAGGAUCACCAUGGUGCUCCACCCAGGCCUUAAGUUAGAAUACUUCUGUCAGCAUGCAUGGGAGGCCGAUUGGAUCGAGGAAGCAAAACGGCUGACACAUGAAGAAUACCAUAAGCAUUAUGAGAAGAACACUGAUGGCACACAAGGCGAUGCUCACAAUGAAGCUGUGCCUUCUGACGACGAAUUUGGUGAUUUCGCUAACAUCUCAGUCACCAUGGAGCCCUCUGCGAGGAACGAACUAGAAGAAUACCUUGCAGCUCCCCUCGAGAAGGUCAGGGAUCCGCUGCGGUGGUGGUGGGAUUCUCGGAAGGCUUACCCGCACCUUCAUCGCAUGGCUCUCAAUUAUCUCUCUGUGCCUGCUACCUCCACCGCAGUUGAACGCGCAUUCUCGCAAGGACGGCAAUUGCUACAUUUCACUCGGAACAGACUUUCUCCAAAAUCCAUUCGCGCUGCACUUUGCCUUGGCUCUUGGGGUAGAUCAGAGCUACUGCAUAUCGCUGAUCUUAUAGCUGCAGUGAACACGAAGAAGUGCAAGUGGGCUGUUGUAGAAGAGGAGGUGGAUGAGCAGGCGUAG